CAUGUUUUUUUCAACCUGACUUGAAUUGUUUGGAUUAAUGUAGGUUCUUCAAGCUGUUUUGGAGAUUGCUGGAACCAACUUAACGAGGAAUAAAAGGUGUUCAGAAUUCUGGUGUUGGCAAAAGUUGGAGCUAUGAUGCGCUUGUGGUUGGGUGUGUUUUGUUUCCUCUUCCUACACAUUGGAGCUCAUGCUUUUGCAAUAUUGCCAGGAGACUCUUUAAACCACCAGGAAAUUACAGAACAAGCAAUUCUGAAUGCAACUGUGCAGACAUGCCGUGCUCUGGCAGUGGCCGAAGGAGUCAACUUCAAUUUUCCAGCUCAGCCUUAUACUGCAGAAAAUGUGGCUGCUGCUUGUGGUGCCUCACAGUCAUUGAAGACUUUCAGCCAAGCCAUAAAGUCUAUCACACUGAGGAACAUCCGAGUGGACAUCCGAUAUUUCUUCAAUUCAAGUUAUCACGUUGAUGAGGAGAUGUUUGUUCAAGGAAAGGGAAUCAUCACAGAGGGAAUUGCUGCUGUCAAAGCCAGCAACAGGAUGGAGAAUUAUGAGACUGCUCGGCAAAUACUGGGAGAGAUUAUGCAUCCUUUGCAAGACUUCUACAGUCACAGUAACUGGGUGGAGAUGGGAAAAACAGUCCCUAACUCUAAUCUGAUCAGAGCAGAAAGCAGCAUUGGUAACAUAGCAGAUAUAAACAGAGCCACGUGUCGUAACUGUGAUGGAGACGACUGCACCAACAAUAUUCUGGAGGACAUCCUAGAGGGAGAGAUCCUGACCUCUGGAUACUCAGGGCUUGUACCCUUUGUUUCAACCAAACCACCUGGGAAAUGCAGUCAUGGAGGGUUCCAUGAUCAGACUAGUAAACAAGAGCCAAAGGGAGGGAUAAACAAAGAUACCCUCACUUCUGAGCAUGGACAUCUCCACAUACAAGCGGCAAAUGUGGCGAUUGCUGCAACCAGUGAGCUUCUGGAGGACAUUCGACUGGCAGCAGGAGAAAUAUCUUUCCUAAAGAUGGUGGGAAUCGCAAGGGGAUCAAGCAGAGCUCUUUGUUUUGUCACUGACACCUCGAAGAGCAUGAGUGAUGACAUUGCAGUGGUGAAGACCGUCACCUCCAGCAUCAUUGAAAGAUAUAAGGGAACAGAGAAUGAACCAUCACUUUACAUCCUCGUACCUUUCAGCGAUCCAGGAUUUGGGCCCCUGAUUCGAACAUCAGAUGCAAACCUUUUCAAAAAUAUUGUUGAUAGUUUAACAACUACUGGUGGAGGAGAUAAGGAGGAAAUGAGUCUCUCUGGGCUACAGCUGGCAUUAACUUCUGCUCCGUUCAGCUCCGAGAUCUAUCUCUUCACGGAUGCACCAGCUAAAGAUCAACAACUGAAGAACACAGUGAUCGCCCUUAUUGAGCGGACCCAGACAGUGGUCAACUUUAUGGUUACAGACACAGUAGAGACUAAUCGUCGCAAGAGGAGAAGCGUCAAGCAAUCACAGACAAGAGCGAUCAAUGAGCCUGAAGCUCAGCUGUACAGAGACCUGGCUCAUGCAUCAGGAGGUCAGGCCAUUGAAGUGACGAAGGCUCAACUUCCUGUUGCAGCAGCAAUCAUUGCCCAGUCUGCCAGCUCCUCUGUGGUGACCCUGCUACAGGCAUCCAGGAGCCCAGGACAGACGGAUAGUUUUACCUUUAUAGUUGAUCAAACUGUUACAAACCUGAGAGUUUACAUUACCGGCAAGUCCGUCACUUUCACACUCACAAGCCCAACAGGUGCAUCUCAGCAAAGCACAGACACAUCAGGCUCACUCAUCACUAAUCAGGAGACUGUGGGGAACUUCAUAACGGCACAGUUACAAAAGCAAGUUGGAGAAUGGAGAAUACAAAUGGUGUCCACUAACCCCUACACCCUAAGAGUUAUUGGCCAGAGCUCUGUUGACGUCUUGUUUGACUUCGUUGUGCCAUCUGUGGGUCCUUUUGGUGGAUUUGAUACUCUAGACACACGUCCCAGAGCAGGUGUCACGGGCAGGUUGCUGGUGUCUAUAGCAGGAAGUGACUCUGCUACUGUGAAUGAAGUUGCUCUGGUGGAAUCAUCAGCUGGAUCGGAGGAGAUUACAGGAGCUGUUGCUUCACAGGGGAACGGAGAUUAUUUAGUCCAGUUCGAUGUGAUGCCAGAAGUGGAGUUUUCAGUUCGGGUAAAGGGAAGAGUUCAGGGUUCUUCAAAUGACUUUCAAAGACAGUCAUCCACUAACUUCAGAGCUUCCAAUCUGACUCUUACUGCUGAUUCAGAAAACACCUUGAUACCAGGGACACCGGUCUCUGUGCCCUUCACUGUAUCAUGGACCGGAUCAGAUGGAAACGUAACCAUCCGAGCCUCCAACAAUAAAGGCUUUGACUUAACGUCUCCAAGCAUGUUAUUCUUGGAAGGUGGGAACAGCACUAAUGGCACAGUGACCCUGUCAGCUCCCACAAACACCCCGUCAGGUUCUGAUGUCAUCCUGACCAUCGAGGCAGAAACUCCGGAUGGAACUGAUUCCAACUACAUCGUGCUGCGCUUUUCUAUAUUAAACCCGAAUGGUGAUUUUUCCCAUCCAGAUUGUGAGCUGCUCAACCUGCAGUCCAACUGCCCUGAAAACUGCAGCACAUCAACAUGGAAGCUUGAUGUCCGGGUGACUGAUGGAGAUAACGGGGCGGGCGUUGACCGUGUCAGCCUCAUCCAGGGCAAUGGUACCUACAACACCAGCCUGGAAGCUGGAACUGGGAACAUAACACUUGUGUCCUACACUGCAUCCUGCUGUGCGCCUGAAAUGGAGCUGUUGGUUAUAGACCGAGUGGGCAACGUUGGCUCGUGUCUCUUCAGCGCCCGAGACUCUGUGUCCAUUAGUGUCUCUCAGUCCCUCUCUCUGUGCCUCAGCAUAGUGGCUUUAGGAUACCUUUUACUGAAUGAAGUUAAUACUGAAUAACGUAUGAGAGGUGCAAUAGUUUGUUUUUUAAUAUUAUUUUUUAGCUUUGAAUUAUUUUGCAUUCUUUUUGUAAUAUAAUUAUAUGUGACUGUAAUGUAAAUAUUUUGCUCAGUAAUGAAGGGUUAAAGGUAAAACACUGGUCCCUGAAGCAAUAAGGGAUCCGUGCUGAAGCCCAAGAGUUAUGCUUGGUCUAUCUAACCUUGAGGGGGCACUAGAGGGGACUCCACAAAUGCAAAUGCAAAAUUUAACAUCAGUUAUUUUUUCUGUUCGAGGCUGAUCUUUUGCUAGAGUCUUAAAGAGUUGAAUGAGAGUAGAUAAAUCAAUCUGAAGAAAGAAGCAAAUUUAUAAUAUUCAGAUUAAGCUUGAUCACAUACCGUUUGGCCCCAAACUAUUCAUACCCUGCACAGAUUUUGUAUUAUAUUUUAUAAACCUUGAUGAAAUAAAAAAAAUAUAAAAUCAUCUGUGGAGGUAAAUUAAUAUCUGGUGGCAGGGCUGCCAACUUUUCACCAAACCUUGGAGUGAGAUUUUGAAAGAAUUUGAACAGGCAACCCUUGUUAGGGGACAUAAUGUGGGAUUUUUACACAUUUUUCACACAAUAUACAUUGUUUUCUUUAUUCUAGUGAUUUUUGGAUAAUGGAAGUAAAGAAGUAUGGGUCCUACUAAAAUACUUACAUCUUAAAUAUACUGUAAACUAAGAAUUUCACAACUGUGUUUAUUAGUUAUUGUAUGCAGUUCAAGUAAACUAAACAAUGGGGAAUUAAUAAGAUUCCUGACACUAAUGCAGGAACCAGUGCAAUCGAAUCACAUGCAAACUAUACUGUGAAUGAAUAUUUGGUAAUAGGCAACGGAUUAAAAAGCUUAAUUCUUAUCCUCUUAGAUUUUUUUUUAAAUGAACAAAACAGCUAAACAAUUCAGACCCUCUAUGAGGCUCUAUAAAAACUAACCAUGACACAAGAUAGCAUUUCUGUGGAUGUUUAAUUUUGGUAUAUGUGAUAAAAAUUCAGUUUUUAAAUAUAUUCAGUGAACCAAAAUAAAGAUAAAUGAAUAAUGUAAUUAAUAAUAAAAUGAGAACCUCCCUGUUGGCUUCCCUCUGAAUCCAGGAUAACUGAGUUGUUCUGCACAUCCUCUCUGUAUGUGGUUGGUCUUUUCUUGGGU